AUGGAGAGAAGGCGGCGUAGAGUCUGCCCUGGUAGAGUUCCGAGGAAUGUAACCGAUCGGACGGAGUCAACGCGAGGACUGAGAUCCUCAGCCGACUCACUAGGAAGCCGAGCGGCGGCGCUGGCGGCGGCGGCGCCGGAUAAGAUUCUGGCAUUUCCUGUGAAGCGUCUCUCUCUCUCUCUAUUAUCAGACGAGAAAAGGACGAAUUACGGGGUCUGGUGUGAGGACAAAUCUCUCUCUAUCAUUCUCUCUCUUCUUCGCUCGUCGUCUACUCGAGGUCCAGCUGAGUGGGACACUGGGCCAUCUCCAAGGAGUCCACGAAUGCCAUCAGAUUGCGAUCCGAUGAGCCGCCUUCCUUCACCGCCUCCCGUGCCCUCCGACUCCAGGCCUCUCCGUUCCGCCGGAUUUCGCCGUCGUCCUUCAUCACCAGCUCGAUGCACCGCCGCAGCUCCGCCGCCUCCAGGAGGCCGCCGGCGUUGACCUCCGCCCUCACGCCGACGCCCCACUCCGUCUCCGCCAGCCGCGCGUUGGUCGGCUGGUCCGUCCACUGCGGCAGCCCCACCGUCGGCACCCCGCAGAGCAGGCUCUCCACCGUCGAGUUCCAUCCGCAGUGGGUGACGAAGCAGCCCACCGCCCUGUGGGAGAGCACCUCUACCUGA